AUGUGGUCCUCCGUUCAGAGUAAACUUCCGAAGAAUAUAUUUAACUUCACUAUCCGGUAUAUAAAUAACACUCUUCCGACUCGCAAAAACCUUCUGAAAUGGGGAAUAUCACCAACAUCCGAAUGUUCGUUUUGUUUGAAUCCAGAAUCACUUCUUCACGUCGUCGCAGGAUGCAAGACCUGCCUAAAUGAAGGACGUUUCACGUGGCGUCAUGAUUCGGUGCUUAACUUCAUAGCAUCCAUACUUAAAUCUGUGAACCAUUGUAACCUUUAUGCUGACCUUCCUGGCUAUAUCAGUCCAUCUGCUAUCACCGGAGAUGAAUUGCGCCCUGAUCAGGCUUUUGAUAACACUUGA